AUGGAAAGAUUAGAUGAAGGAGUCAAUGUUAGAUUAAGGAGUAAUGUGCCAAGAAAUGUGCCUUUGCCCCCUUCUAGUUUUUCAGCUACUAGUGGUAAUGUUGAUAGGAUAGAUUCAUCCUUUGACUCUAGGAAAAGAAAGAUUGGAAGUGGGAGUGGGAGUAAAGGAUCCAUUGAGAAUGCAUUCAACAUGACUCAACGGGAACAUUUGGAUCAUGAGAUUGCUAGGAUGUUUUAUUCGGCGGGCUUGCCGUUUAAUCUAGCAAGGAAUCCUUACUUUCAAUCUGCUUUCACAUAUGCCGCUAAUCACAACAUUGCGGGGUAUGUCCCACCGAAAUAUAAUAUUUUGAGGACUGCUUUGUUGCAAAAAGAGAAGAAAAAUAUUGAGAGCUUGUGUGUACCUUUCAGAAACAUGUGGAAGGAAAAGGGUGUAAGUAUUGUGAGUGAUGGAUGGAGUGACUCACAAAGGAGAUCACUAAUUAACUUUAUGGCGGUGUCGGAUGGAAAUGCUAUGUUUAUAAAGUCAGUUGAUUGUUCGGAAGAAAGGAAGGACAUGCAUUUCAUUUUCAACUUAAUGAAAGAAGUAAUCAAUGAAGUCGGGCAUGACAAUGUAGUCCAAGUCAUUACGGAUAAUGCUUCAAAUUGUAAGGCUGCGGGACAACUCAUUGAGAAUGAAUUUCCAUCUAUUGUUUGGACUCCUUGUGUGGUGCAUACCCUUAAUCUAGCUUUGAAGAACAUUUGUGCCGCAAAGAAUGUGGAGACCAAUCAAGUUGUAUAUGAGGAGUGUAGUUGGAUUACAAAGAUUGUUGAUGAUGUUAUGCAAAUAAAAAAUUUCAUUAUGAACCAUUCUAUGAGAUUGGUAAUAUACAACGAGUUUGUUCCCUUGAAGUUACUUUCCGUGGCGGAUACCCGUUUUGCUUCAAUGGUUGUGAUGCUUAGGAGGUUCAAGUUGAUAAAAAGUGGUCUUCAAAACAUGGUUAUUUGUGAGAAAUGGAGCAUCUAUCGAGAUGAUAAUCAAGGGAGGGCUAGGUUUGUCAAGGAGAAGUUGUUGGAUGAUCUUUGGUGGGAUUCAAUUGAUUACAUACUUUCCUUCACGGCUCCCAUUUAUAAUAUGCUUAGAAUUUGUGACACCGACAUGCCUUGUCUUCACUUGGUUUAUGAUAUGUGGGAUUCGAUGAUUGAAAAAGUGAAGAAAGCUAUAUAUAUGCAUGAAGUGAAAAGCUUAGACGAGGAGUCUACAUUUUAUGAGGUGGUUCAUGCAAUUCUUUUGGAUCGUUGGAGUAAGAACAACACUCCACUUCAUUGCUUGGCACAUUCGUUGAAUCCUAAGUUUUAUAGUGAUCAAUGACUCAAUGAAGAUCCGACUCGAGUUUCUCCAUACAAGGAUUAUGAUAUUAACCUACAAAGAAAGAAAUGCAUGAGGAAAUACUUUCCUACGGAGGAUGAGCGUCGAAAGGUGAAUAAGGAGUAUCUAGACUUUGCAUCCAAAAGUGGGCACUUUCAAGACUAUGACUCCAUUCAAGAGCGGUAUACUAUGGAUCCUAAGGAUUGGUGGUUUGAUCAUGGUGCAUGUACACCUAUGCUUCAAAGUAUAGCUUUAAAGCUUCUUGCUCAACCUUCUUCUUCAUCUUGUGCCGAGAGGAAUUGGAGUACUUACUCCUUUAUAAACUCAGCGAGAAGAAACAAGAUGAUCCCAAGACGUGCAGAAGAUUUGGUUUUCAUUCAUAGCAAUCUUCGUCUUCUAUCAAGAAAAAAGCCACAAUAUUUCGAAGGAGAGACCAAGAUGUGGGAUAUUGGCGGAGAUGCGUUUGAUACGUUUGAAGAUGUUCGGGUGCUUGAAGUUGCGAGUCUUUCACUUGAUGAGCCAGAUAUAGAAUCCGUCAUUUUGUCAGAAGAAGCGGAUCACGUAGAUGAAUGACUUUUUGUUGUAUUUGAUGAUGAAAUGGGGUUUGUUUUUUGUUUUCCACUUGUGGUUAAUUGUUAAAUUUAAUGGUGGAAUUUAUGGAUUGUAUUUUUUUCCCCUCCAAGUUUUAUGGAGUAUUUGAAUGAAAU